AACUUUUGCCAGAAUUUUUUUUCUCUCUUAUUGUAAUCAUGGGAAGGAGAUUACCACCUUUUCCUUUGGAGCCCCACCCUUUGAUCCACCAUGCUCUACUCCUUUCCUUCCUGGCCGCAUGGAUCGCAGCCACCAUUGCCGUCGUCUCUUCCCUCUGCGGCACGUGCAAUCCCAAGUCUCCUCCCAAAUCCUCACCGAAAUCCCCACCAUCGCCGCCCUCGAACAACGAGUCCAAUACAAAGCCGGCGGAGACUCAAACUUUGCAGCAAGAUCAGGAACAGCAUUCGACGAGUGUGCCCGAGGAAGGAACAACUGUGAUUGAGAUGGACGCUGGCGUGGCCACCCACGGUCCCCUCCCUCCGGUGGUGGUACCCGCCUCGUCCUCUCGAAGGAAACUCUCGAUAAGUCUUAGCUCAAGAUUGCCUGAGAAGAUGAGGGCUAGCAGAAAGGAGCGGCGGGCGGCGGAGUCGGAGGAGACAAUUUGGAAGAAAACGAUCAUACUGGGAGAGAAGUGCAAGGUGCCAAGCGACGAGGACGAGGAGGAUGAGGCUGCGAGGAACUACCACCCCCGGACGCCAAGGUCUAGACCGAUGUCACGAACGAGCUCAUUCGCAAAUGCUGAUGCAGUGCGUUCUUGACGAAGAGCAAGCAACCCAUAGCAGCGGCGACGGCGGCGGCGGCAACGGUGGUAAGGAGAAGUUAUUGCCUGCACCCGGUGCAUCUGUACAAUUCGUGAAUGUACCGCAUCUUUCCAUCCAUAGAUCCAUUCCGUACUUUAAUCAGUAACAAAGUUUUUUCCUGAUUUGUAAAUCGAAGUGAUCAAUUUUGAUAGUUGAGUCAGAUUGUGAAGAUUGGAGAAUGAGAUUGGAUGGAUGGCCGGCACACUUUGAUGCACAGGUUGUAUGUAUGGGUGUAGAAAAUAAUUUCUCAGCAGUUAGAAUUAUGUUUGGCGAGCAGGAAGGGGAAUGGAACAAGGUGGGGCUCGUGCAAUGCACUUUAAAAGUUGUAGAAACGUGCUUGUUGUCGAUUGAUGUAUGUUGUUAGGCACAUGCAUGAACUAGUUUGGGUUCAAUCCGCUGUACUAUAUGCUCCUUCAACAGUUUUUUCUUUUUUCUUUUUUUUUUUGGGUAAAAACAUACCGAACUUAUCUGAA